GAUGGGAGCCGAUCUCCGGCGAGGAAGAAUAGAGGACGGGCAAGGGAAGAGGCAGACUGGAACUUGGACAGGUGUGUGAUGCAAGUCAGCUCCCUCCUCACACGCUCGCCUCCUCCCCUCAUCCUCCACCUCUCCCUCCCCUCAUCCUCCACCUCUCCUGUCCGCGGUUCCGCCCUCCUCCUCCUCCGCCGCCGUCACCACGUCGCCGGCUCCCCCCAAACGGAGCCCGCCUCCUCCUCCUCCUCGUCUCAGCCCCUCGGCGGCGCGUGGGGGCGGGGAGCUAACCGGAGAUCCGUCCGCACCCGGAGGAGAUUCCUUUUCGUUGGUACGUACUAACUAUGCUGCAGGGGUUUGAGGUGGCGGGCGCGGAGGACGGCGGAGUGAAUUUUUGGCUGACCUGAGAUUGAGGUUGAGAUGGUGCUGGUGGUGAAGCAGUACCGCUGCACGCACUCGGCGAGCUGCCUCUGCCUCAAGGGGCACAUCAGCGAGGACGCCCUCUUCCUCGUGUUCCGCCACAUGAACUGGAACCCCAGGAUGAUCGCCGUCUUCUCCUGCGUGUCCAAGUGGUUCGACGACAUCGCCAAGCGCGUGCUGUGGAAGGAGUUCUGCCACGCCAGGGCGCCCAAGAUGAUGCAGGACCUGCACUCUAGCGGCAGCCACAUCGUCGAUGGCAACUGGAAGGCGCUUGGGAAGCUUCUUAUCCAUUGCGCUGGGUGCACCAAGGGGGGCCUAUUUGGUAACAUACAUGCUCCGGGGCACUUUGUUUUCAGGACCCGCUUCUCGAGGACCUGCGGGAAGAGCAUCUUGCCUCCACAGUGUAGGACAGAUGUCUUGUAUGUUUCGGAUCCUUGUGAGCAUCUUGAUCAGGGUGAGGAAGGUGACUUGGGUUUUUUCCGGGGCAUCUUCAAGUCUUUUGCUUCUUCAAAGGUCAAGAAGAUGCUGAUUGAGAAGCAAGCAAAAUUCCAUCCAAAGGAGGUGUGUCCUUAUUGUAAAGCGAAGCUAUGGAACUUGCUACAGGCAGAUAUGAUACCCAGAAGUGCUUCCAUAAGGUUGGAUGCUUAUGAUGAUUCUGUUGAGUAUUAUAUAUGCCUUAACGGACACAUCCUUGGUUUGUGCACUUUGAUGCCUGUCUCUGACUCUGAGGAUGCAAAGGAGUGAUUGCCAAUACUUGAAUCAGGUACCUUUAAUUUUUUACCCUUUUACACUUGUAGCUACUGCUUACCUAUGUAAAAUAAAAGUUAUUCCUACUGUGCAUUUCAAUUGUCCCUGUAGGAUGUAAUGAUGUAUACACAUAAAGUUGCUAAGCGAUACUUGAUUAUGAAAACAGGCCUACUUCUUUUCUGAGUGCAACUAAAAACAUUCAACCAUAACUCUGUACAUGACGAAAAUGUUGUCUUGGUACUAGACUAAGCGAUAGUGUUCAGUAUCACCCGUUUUCCCCUUUAGGAGAUGUGUUACUGUGUUGGUCAAUUUGCCCUUUAGAAGACAAAGUUGUACUCAAAUUCUCUUAUAAAUUAUAAUUGUGUUCUUGCUUGUGAGAACCUGCGCAUUUUUGUUGACAGGGUUAUUUGGUAGCUAUAAGAACUGGUAGGUGCUUGUGAUAGGACUUGAUCCUAAUUAAUUGCUGAAUUAUGCAUGAGUUAAGAAUCGGUAGACAACCUUCCCCUCGGUUUUCUGGACAAUAUGAUGAAAAACUAAAAGUAGUGGAUAGCAUAUUCUUCGCAGGAAAGGCCAUACCACGUGUGGGGUGGUGGUGGUGUGGGGGGGUAAGAUGGUCAAGAUCAAGACACUAUCUUUGGCUGCACUAUUCAAAUUACUACUGCUGUAUAGUAACGUACUAACAGUACUAGAUAAUUACAUCUUUUGAAUAUCGAGAAUUCGCUUGGCUGAGUCUGAAGCAGAAACUUUCGAUCAGAAAGAUAAAUAAACUUGUUACAUUAAUUACAUACAUUUCCGAACUGUAAUGAUUUACAUUGCAUUGUUAAACAAUUUCCACAUUGCAAAUUCAUUAAAUUAAAGAUUAGCUGGGCACUUGAGCAUGCAUACCUUCUGAUGGUUGCUUACAUCAUUACAUGGUGGAGUCCACAUAUUUCUUGUUUAAACUAGUUGAAGUUAUUGCAAAGUAAUUAAGCACCUACAGUCACUGAAAAACCAGCAUAGGAAAAGAGACACUAGCUUGGUUGUCAGCCACUCAGCCAUUACAUGCCAGUUUUCAGUAAAGGAUUAUCUGGUGUCAUUCAAAAAAACUUAUGUUACUCCAAUCUUCAAUGGUGGAACACUAGCACCCAGGAUGAUUCUGACUUGAGCCUUUAGGCUGUUAGAAUACAUACACGUCAACAUUUUGUUUUGUGAAAGCCUGCACGCUUCAAGGUGUUAAAUUAGUUUCCAUCUAGAACAAAGAAAAAAAGAAAAGCAUGUAAAUCUGUAAAACUUAUAUAUAUAAACAGAAGAAAAUUGGCUGUAUGCCUAUAUCUUUGUAGGUCACACAAAGAUUUUGUUAACUUUAAUUUAUAGGGCUAUAUCAUUAUCAAGCUUUAUUGAAAUGGGGCUGCUAUUGUACGGCAUCCUAUUUGAACGGGAUGAUACCUGGUAGGUACCAGAUUUGGUACGUCAUAGGUGCCAGCUGAUAUUUGUUGGUAUGAAGCCGAUUCCCCAUUGGUACCAGGCCAAUACACAUUUUGCCACUGGCUGAUACCAGUUGGUAUUAUGAUUUUUCUAAACCUGAUUAGUUAAUUAAUCUGUGAUAUAUGAUAUGAUCAUUAUUUAAUAUGUAUUAAUUAAACACAAACUGAAUUAGCAAUUAUGCUAAUUAUCAAUAUUAAUUAAUACCGUCAUGUAUGGUGUUAGCUACGUAACUG